AUGUCCUAUGAGACCGGUUCUGACGAUCCCGUUUCUGGAACUACCACAGUUCACGCGAGGAUCUCCGUGCCAGUCGAGGACUUGCUGCAGCAACUCACUCGUCCAUCUACUUCAUCAAGCGAAUAUGAUGAUGAUGGUAGGAAGACUAUCUACUUCCCGAGGGGCUACGAUGGUGAUCUGACGACCACUGUAAGCACUGCGAGAAUGCCGAUGAAAGCCCGCGCGAGUAGUCUCGUUCGCAUAAAGUACAACACGGUAUCUGCCACCUAUGAAGUGGAGCUCAAUAUUGACAUCGACGUACCCACUGUCGACGUCAGCUGCCAAAUUCUUGAUAAUGUUCCCAUGUCUAAUAUAAGGGAGUUGGGCAAUAGCACUCCGACAGUGUGGGGAGCAUACAAGGCCUCCAACAAGUGGCAUAAGAACAAGCAUCACGCCCAGUACUUCCUCCUGUCGGGCCGCGGGAAGCAGCUAGCCCUUGAACCAUCUAACAUCGAUGCCGCAUUUAGCAGCGGAAGUCUCAAUGCCAAUGCCCCAGAGUUUAAGCCGGAUAUACGCCAUUUCUCGCCACCUGGACUGAGGUGCCACGAAGAUGUUCGUUAUGGAGAGCCUUCCCAGUUGGAGGAAGCAGCGAAUUGCAGUGUCGACAGUGUGAAGGGCUACAGGGUAAGCCCACUGCGGCUUCCCCUGGACACCACAAUGGCUGUUGGCGAGGACCGAUUCGAUAGCUGGAGAACUUCCACUACUUCCUUCGCUGCAGUACGCGCUGCUUUCAGCCUGUCCAACUAUCUUGUCCCGAGGUUCGCCAUUAUGUCCACGGCUGCGGUCACGGUUGGUCAUCAUCAGCCUUUCUGGGUAGACCCUCCCUCCAAACGAGGCACUUUCCAUGAGAGAUCUACAACCUCGGCACUUGGCACUGUGAUGGUGCCAGUGGGAGACCUCCUAAAACGCAUCACGGGUGCUCAUUAUGGCCAGCGUGGGCCGGUGCCUUGCUCUGCCAAUGUGAGACCUAGCAGUGGCAGGACUGUUGCAUCAUGCAGGAUGUCCGUGCACGCACGCGCAAGCGAAUUGGUUAAGAUUAUGUAUGAUUCUAAGGAUGGGGCGUAUUAUCUGCAACUGGAUGUCGAAGUUGAUAUGCCGACGGCCAUAUUGGGAGAGGAGAUACUGGCUCAUGUGAAGCCCACGUCCUCUUCGCCGACUCGGGAUAAUUUCGAGGAAGUACCGAUAUCACAGAUUCGAGAGUUGGGCCAUAGUGGGACCGCGGCUUGGCAAUCAUAUAGGACGUGGAACAAAUGGCAGAAGACUAAGCACCGUGCAGUGUACUUCGUACGGGCUGAGAAGACGGCGCUGGGGCUUCCCCUGCCGAGCUCAGUCGAGGGGCCCAAUGGUGACAGUAUGUUCAUGAACGGGCUCAAUGCCAACGCUCCUGAGUUCACGCCAAGUUCAAGUGCGCCGAGUCCCCCAUCAGAUAGUGGAGGUGCUGAUAGGAGGCCAUCUAUUGAUGAUCAACAUACUGUUGGAAUAGGCAGGUGCUUGUUGCCAAGCGAGGUGGCGGCGCUUCUGGGCGAUGAUUGCCUUCACCAUGAGGAGGCGUUCGAUUCUGAUCUGUCCUGCAGCCCAAUCGGUCAUCCUCUGCACCAGCACGUAGACUACCAUGACGGCUGGAGAACGAGAAUGCCCUUCAAGGGGGAUUCAUGGGUCCCCUUGGGCAUGGACGGAGGUCGCUCCCGCCUCACGAGUGCUGCUGAGAGCAGUACUACCAGCAGUAGCCUGGCUACUGCGAAUGAGUCUCCGUCACGCGCCACAGAAAUAUAUAUGGUAUCAAUGACAUACCAGAAUAACAUCAAAGCGAAGUCGGGUUUCUGCACUUGA